UGUGUCUGCUGCGGCCAUCUGAGUGUGCUGACACCCUUCUGUGUUCUUCAGACCCAGGAACCUCGGUGGAUAUUAACAGGUGUUGUUCCAUUUGUGAGUCACGACAUGAAAGUGUUAAAUCAUCACCUCUUCUUAUUGUACCUGAACUCUAGUUACCAGCCCUGUGUGGGGACUCUGAUUGCCUCCCGGUGGGUGCUGACGGCGGCACACUGCUUCUUACCAGAUCUGCAGGUCAUCUUUCAUGGUAGGUUUCGAAGUUUUCAAGACUUUAUUGGGGAGAUUCUACCUUACGAGAAGAUCUUCAUUCACCCAAACUUCACUGUCACUUCUUCUAAAAAUGACCUUAUGCUGAUCAAGUUGUCUGUACCUCUCACCUUCUUUUCCACGGAGACUUUUCAGUUGCCCACUCUCGUGAAUAAUGAAGUUAAAGAUUGCUUGGUUCACACCUGGUUACAGGAUGAUAAUUUCGGAAACCCAGACAGUAACCUGUACAGCCUGAAGAUCCGAUUGAACUCUCCUUUAAACUGCAAAAAAUUACUGGGUGAAAAAUUCCUUGAAGACAUGUUCUGUACGGAACACUUGCUAAGAAGCCAAGAGCAAUGCCAGGUGGUCACAGCGGCACCAGCCAUAUGUGGUAGUGAAUUACGAGGAGUUAUGUCUUGGGCAACUGGAUGUAUUCUGACAGGAAACACUGUUGUCUUCACUGACCUCUACAGCUACACUCCAUGGAUCCAGAACAUUAUUUCUACCGCAUAAGCUGCU